UCAAUAAUUCUCCAUACAUUUGUUAGUUAUAGUGAGUAUCAUAAGUAUUCACAUUUCGCAUUUUGUUGCAUGACAAAGUGGGAUUGAAAUGAAUUUCAUUGUGAUAUUUUCAUGAAAUUGAUAUGCACAAAAUAUUCCAUUAUGUCAAAGUGAAAAGAAAAUUAUACAAAUGUUAACAUGAAUAAAAAAUGAAAUAACUAAAAUAUAGUUGUUUCAAAAGUAUUCACCCCAUUUGUUUAGACAAACCUAAAUUAGUUCAAGAGUAAAAUUUGGCUUAAGAAGGUUCCUCAGUCAAGUAUUGAAUUUCAAGCACAGAUUCAACCACAAAGACCUUUUUGAAAGCCUCAUAAAGAAGGGCAGUGAUUGGUAGAUGGGUAACAAUAGCAAAUAAAUCAUCUUUAAGUAUGGUCAACUGAAUCAUUAUGCUGAGAGUGAUGUAUUAAACCACCCAGACACAAGAAAGAUACAGUCGUCUUUCUGAACUGAGCUGCAGGACAGGAAGGAACCUGCUCAGGGGAUGUCACCAUGAGGCCAUUGGUGAUUUUAAAACAGCUACAGAGUUCAAUGGCUGUGAAGGUGGAAAACUGAAGACGGAUCAACAGCAUUAUCGUUACUACGUCCUUAUAAGGCUUUAUGCAAUACCAUUACAACAUUAUAUGCAUGUAUAAAGGCUUGGUUUUUAGACACAGAGAGAAAGUGCAUAUGCUGUUGCAUAAUGCCUUAUAAGGACAUAGCGGGAUGGAGAAAUUUGACGAGAGAGAGGGACGAAGAGGAAGAAAUAGAAGAAUAUAACUUUUACAGAAAGUCAGAACAGACAUAACUAACAAACGUAUGAAGAGACGUUCCCUAAAAAAAAUGAAAUGAAACAGAAAAAACAGUCUUAUGACAAACAGCAGGAGAGACAUGUAAAGGAAAGGUGGGGCUCAGGACCGGUCUUAUGACAAACAGCAGGAGAAACAGAGAGAGAGAGUGGAUGAAAUAAAAGAGUAGAGAAUAGUAGAGGAAAAAAACAAGAAAAGGGGAGUUUAUGAGAAAAGGGGAGUGAGGGAAUGGAGAGGGAGAGAGAGGAAAGGAAGGAGAGAAAGAGAAGGAGGAGCGAGGGAAGCAGUGAAAGAGGGCAAGAGAGAGGCGUUAGGAGGGUAUGAUAGAGUUGAGAGUUAAGGCAAGCCACAGGAAGGGAGGGAGGGAUAGAAGGAGUGAAAAAGGGAAAGAGAGAGGCGUCAGGGGUUAUGAUACAUCUGAGGAUUUGGAGAAGAAAUUAAGCCACAGGAAAAAGAAUGAGAGAGAGAAGGAGGGAGAGAAGAAGAAGGGAGGUAGAGAGAAGGAGUGAAAGAGGGCAAGGGAGAGGCUUAAAGGGGGUACGAUACAGAGGAAAGGAACGCCACAGGAAGGAGAGAAAGAAGAAGGGAGGUAGAGAGAAGGAGUGAAAGAGGGCAAGGGAGAGGCUUAAAGGGGGUACGAUACAGAGGAAAGGAACGCCACAGGAAGGAGAGAAAGAAGAAGGGAGGUAGAGAGGAGUGAAAGAGGGCAAUUGAGAGGCUUAAAGGGGGUACGAUACAGAGGAAAGGAACGCCACAGGAAGGAGAGAAAGAAGAAGGGAGGUAGAGAGGAGUGAAAGAGGGCAAUUGAGAGGCUUAAAGGGGGUACGAUACAGAGGAAAGGAACGCCACAGGAAGGAGAGAAAGAAGAAGGGAGGUAGAGAGGAGUGAAAGAGGGCAAUUGAGAGGCUUAAAGGGGGUACGAUACAGAGGAAAGGAACGCCACAGGAAGGAGAGAAAGAAGAAGGGAGGUAGAGAGGAGUGAAAGAGGGCAAUUGAGAGGCUUAAAGGGGGUACGAUACAGAGGAAAGGAACGCCACAGGAAGGAGAGAAAGAAGAAGGGAGGUAGAGAGAAGGAGUGAAAGAGGGCAAGGGAGAGGCUUAAAGGGGGUACGAUACAGAGGAAAGGAACGCCACAGGAAGGAGAGAAAGAAGAAGGGAGGUAGAGAGAAGGAGUGAAAGAGGGCAAGGGAGAGGCGUGUACAGAGGAGGGAGAGGCCAGCUCAGGGCGCCGUGGAAACGAAGGUUUCCUGUCUGAGGAGGAAAGAAUCUCUCAUCUCAGGUUGCCAUGGUAUCAUUGGACGAGCCUCUGGACCUGAAGCUUCCACAGGCCAAUGGGAGGGUCAGGUUGGGAAAGAGGGCAUGUUCGGCCUCCAUCUGCGCCCCCCUCAGUGCUACACGACAACGUCUGCUACGUAACCUACCAAUGACCUACCCCUCACCACCUCCCUCUCCAGGUACCCCCUUGUACCACCAGGAGAGGGCAGGUUCCUGCACCCCCCCUGCCAUGGACCUGAGUCUCUCCCCUCCUUCCGACACUCCCCCUCUCCCUCCCCCUCCUCCCGCCAUGCACCCUCCCCCUCUGCCUCCCCCUCCUCACCCCUGGACUACCCACCCAGCUGCAGCCCAGCCACACCCAUCUACUCCAGGGAAGCAGCUCUCCCUCGUUACCUGGAAGGCGGUGCUUCUCCGCAGGGCUUCCAGAUCUUCCUGCCAAUCGGGACCACAGGGGGCGGGUUCAACCUGCCCUCCUCCAUGUUCAUUGGUCAGCCCGGGGAGAAGCGGGUGUCACCCGAUCCCUCAUCGGACGAGCAGCUGGCCUGCCAUUGGAUGAAGUGCCACCUGCUGUUUGACUCGUUACAGGACCUGGUGGAUCACAUCAAUGACUACCAUGUCAAACCUGAAAAGGAUUCUGGGUACUGCUGCCACUGGGAGGGCUGUGCCCGCAACGGGAGGGGAUUCAACGCCAGGUACAAGAUGUUGAUCCACAUCAGGACUCACACCAAUGAGAAGCCUCACCACUGUCCCACCUGCAACAAGAGCUUUUCUCGCCUGGAGAACCUCAAGAUACACACACGCUCACACACAGGAGAGAAGCCGUACAUCUGUCCCUACGAGGGCUGCAGCAAGCGCUACUCCAACUCCAGCGACCGCUUCAAACACACGCGCACCCACUACGUGGACAAGCCCUACUACUGCAAGAUGGCUGGCUGCCUUAAACGCUACACCGAUCCCAGCUCCCUCCGCAAACACAUCAAGGCCCACGGACACUUCGUCGCGACCCAGGAACAGGCCUCCUCAGCCGGGCUCGGGGUGUUCCUCAAAGGGGGUGGUCUCCACGGAGGUAACGGUGGAGGGGUCUCAGAGAUGGGCUAUGUCGGCGGGGCCCAUAUUAUCAUCCCAGGAGGGGCCGCCAUGGCUUCUCUCCUAGGGGGCCACCAUCUAGGGGCCUCGCUGCCUCUCUCGGCCAUGUGUGGCCCCCUGGAUCUCAGCAGACUAGGUCACCCUGGAGCCUCCUUGUUCUCACUAGGUAGUGGAGGUGGGGGAUUGGGUUGGUGUGAUUCCUCCCUGCUCCCGUUUGGACUCUCGACUGCAUCCGUGUUUGGGUUGGCUUCCAUGGGUCUGGGGCGGCUAGGGAGAGGGGAGAGCAGGAGGGAGGGGGAGGAGGAGGACGGAUGUGAAGAGGAGAGGGAGGAUGAGGUAUUGAAUUUGUCUGCGGGAGGGUAUGGAGGGACAGGGGUGGGGCGGGACCUCCCCUCCUGGGUGGUGAUUCAAUCCCCUGGGGCACUGGUGCUCAAACCAGCUGUUGUCAGCUAGGGCCAGGGUGUGUGUGUGCUCAGCUUGGGACACGUGCUCACACGCCUGUUGCUACGAUCAAGGGACAGGGUGUGUGUGUAAGUUUCUGUGUGUGUGUUUGUGCCUAAACGAUGCCUCGGAGCUGAUAGUUGGUGUGUGUGUGUGUGUGUGUGUGGAGGGGGAGGGUUAGGUGCUUUAUAAAAGCUGUGUGGGGUUCAAAGGUAAUUCUCCUUUUCAGACAUGAAAAAACUCUGAUCAUUUCAACACAAAACAGUAACAGCAGGCUGAAGAAAACAACAAGAAAACUAUGGAAAUGUACCUCAAACAAUCCCUCUGGACUUUUUCAAUGGACUUUUCCCAAUGGACAUCCCUAAUUGACAUUCCCAAAUGAUUUGUGUGGCAACACAGUUGGAUUUAUGUAAUCACCAUUAUGAUGUAAAGAAGAAGCAGCAGUUAUUGAGAGAAUUGAGGUAAUAUGCUCCUGUGUGUUUUGUUAGUCAUCAUUUGUAUGCAGCACAGACCCUAUGGACUAUAACCGAUAACAGCUACUGUUAGUCUGGAUAGUCACUAUAACAGUGGGUUUAUAUUCAUUGUCUUUAACUAUUAUGGCCACCAGGGGGAGGUAGAGAGUCAGGUAAAUUUUGUCUAAUCUUUCUAGCCUCACAUCAGAACUGAAUUGUUCUGUGUGGACGUUGUCUGUAGCCACAGAUCUUGGGUCAGCGUACCAUCCUUAACCAUUAGAAAAUGCGAAAAUGACCUUAGAUCAGUGUCUAGGGCCAACUUUAUUCUCCGUCCUCCCCCUCUACUCAGUCUCUAGACUCACAACAACAAACAGCCUUUAAAAUCCCCUGUAGGGAAUAGGCUCCCAAGGUUACAAGGUAGUCAGUGGAAAUCUGUGGUACACACACUACAGAGCAAACACAGUCUUGUUGAAGGAUGUCGCAUGUCAAACUACAUUCUACAUCCGUCUAGGGGUGGAUUCUAACUUCCACUUUAGUCAAACGUUGAUGACAAAGUUCAAAUGUAAAUGGAAGUUUAGGAUUUGCCUUUGUUAUAUAUAUAUAUUUUUUACACAGGCAGGGCUAGGGGUAGCCUUCACUCAUGUUACCCGGUUACCCUAGGGUCCUCUGAGCUAAAAAUGUGGUAUUUAGUUCCAUUGUCAUGUGACUGCCACCUGCAUAGUUGUAAGGUUGGUUGCCAGGACGACAGAGGUGUGGUUUGGCUAAGAAAGGCUAUGAUGUUUCGCUGACAAUGAACCGCACCUUCCUCUCCCCUCAACCAACCUACUUGACCUGCAGUGGCUUCACACACCUAGGCUGCAUCUGAAAUGACACCCUAUCCCUGUAUAGUGUUCCCUAAAAGGUAGUGCACUGUAAAGGGAAUAGUGUGCCAUUUCAGUCGCAUACCUCAUGCUUUAUGACUGACGAUCAAAUUCAAUAACGUUGAAUGAAUUAAGCUUAAAUGAACCUAUAUCUUGUAUGUUUUUACCCUGCAAAUGGAUCAAAUCUGGUGUGUGGUCCCAACAGCAAACAGCCUUUAAAAUCUUCUGUAGGGAAUAGGCUCCUGAAGUUACAAGGUAAUGAGUGGAACGGUUUGUAUAGGUAUGACACCUCUGUGUCUUUUCAUCACUUCUGCAAACAAGUAAAACCAGUUUUAUUUGUCUUUCUGGUUAAGACGAGACGUUUCUGUUGAAUGUUGAAGUUGUUCCUCUCUCCAACUUAUUUUGUCCCAAAUGGCACCCUAUUCCCUAUGUAGUGUGCUACUUUUGACCAGAGCCCUGGUCAAAAGUAGUGCACUACAUAGGGACCAGGUUGCCAUUUGGGGCGCAUACAAAGACAAGGAUCCUAUGUCAGGAUCUACAAACCCAACGAUGACGCAUUAACCCUUUGUGCGACAGACAUUUCUCAAUAAAGCCGACAAACCUCAUAAAAGUAUUAUUUGCUAAUAGCUUAUCCAACUCAAAGGUAGGGAUUGGUAUUUGAUCUGCACGACUUACCUGGCAUCCAGUAUUAUUGGCCAAGUUAGGGAUUUCUAUUUGAUCCAGGUUGUAUUGAUUAGAUAAGUAGACCCAAUGUAAACUGAAGUGUGUACAUAACUGUGUAGUGCUUUAUAAUAGCUUCAUUAUCUGUAUUUAUUCCCAGACAAAUCACUCAAAAUAAUACUUAGUCGUUGUUGUAAGUACAAUGUAACAACGUGUAACUCGACCAUGCCAGUUGAAUUUAAAUGUAGUUACAAACCAGGAACUGUAAGAUUGAUUGAGAAAAACCCGAAACUUCAGGUUCCCAUAUUGAGGUAACACAGAAAGUACAAAUAGGACAGAGGUGAAUGUACAUAUGAAGUCUACAUAUGCGCAAAGGGUUAACAUGACACUAUGGCCUCCCUAUUGCAGGCCAGCAUCUGAUAUCAUUUCUUAUCCUCGUUUGCACAUUAAGAUUUGCAAUUAUUAUGAUGUUUUUUUUAUGUUUCCAAGUGCCUGGUAUGUAUCACAAGUGAAAUAUACUGAAAAUACACACAGCACAUUCAAUGAAGUACAGGUACAUGUAAUGCAAAUGUAUAAAUGUAGGUAUUUGUUCCAAAGGGUCAACACUUUACAUGACUGACUGUUUAGAGAUGACAGAAGGUGUGAUUGGUGACAUCAUAGCAUUGUGUGCUGUCAGUUUUUUGACGAGGACUGUUAAACGGAAUGUGUCGUUAAUGACGAAGACGUGACGUCAAUAAACAAAGAUAAACAAAUUAAGUGGCA